CUCCGGAAGCCAUGCCAGAUUCUCCAACCACCUCCGGGCUCCUGAGCGGCUGGCUAGGCCGUCCCCGGCCGUGCCGCUGCUCUUUGCGCGUGGUCUCUUCCCCCUGGGCCGGGCCGCUGUGUUAUUGGCUGGCAUGGGGGCCACGUUCCGCAGCACGGCCUUGUGCCAGGAGGUGGACAGCGACGUGCCAGCGUGUGUCUCCCCGGCUGCAGAGAAACUGCCUGACUUUGACUGGGCCACCUUCUGGAAGUUCCUGAGGCCGCAGCUGCUAGCGCUGACCGGGGGGGUUCAGUUUGCACUCGGAGUGGCGCUCCUCAACGUGCAGAUCCCACUGGUGCUGGGCGACGUGGUCAAUGUGGUGGCCCACUACACCGGACUGGGCAAUUACCUGCGUUUGGUGCACCGCCCUGCCAUGCGCUUGCUGAGCAUCUAUGCCCUCCAGGUGGCCAAGGCCACGGCAGUGGCGGAUGAGGCCCUGGGCAACGUCCGGACAGUGCGAGCGUUUGCCAUGGAGGACAGAGAGAUGCAGCUGUACUCGGCGGAGGUGGAUCGCUCCGGCCGCCUCAACAUGAACCUGGGGCUGGGCAUCGCGGUCUUCCAGGGGCUCUCCAACCUGGCGCUGAACUGUGAGUGGAAGCCGGGCUUGGGCUGCUCUCCCUGCGACGUGGGGCUCCGCUCCCCUGCCUCGAGAGGCGGCGGCUGCUGCUGUACACCAGCCCUGGGCAGUGGCAACUCUUCCUGCGGGCUCAAAGUCCCGGGCUGCUGUGUGCCCUUUCAUACCCUCCAGGUGGUGCGGGGAAUGAGCGCCGGGGCCCGUGUCUUUGAAUACAUGACCCUGACGCCAGAGACCCCCUUGAACGGAGGGCAGCGGCUGGCGUGUCGCUCGCUGCGGGGGGACAUUCAGUUCCAAGGGGUCUGCUUCAGUUACCCGACCCGGCCAGGAUACCAGGUGCUGCAGGACUUCUGUCUCUCCAUCCCCUCCAACAAGACGGUGGCCAUUGUGGGAGAAUCGGGAGGAGGGAAGUCCCAGGUGGCUGCGCUCCUGGAACGGUUCUAUGACCCCACAGCGGGCACCAUCUCCCUGGACGGGCAGGACAUCAGCACCCUGGACCCUUCCUGGCUCCGGGGGGAGGUCAUUGGCUUCAUUAACCAGGAGCCGGUGCUGUUCAGCACGUCCAUCAUGGAGAACAUCCGCUUUGGCAAGCCGGACGCCUCUGACGCCGAAGUCCACGCCGCAGCCCUCCUGGCCAACGCCGACAGUUUUAUCCGCAGCUUUCCCGAGGGGUACAACACUGUGGUGGGUGAGCGUGGGGUGACCUUGUCCGGCGGGCAGAAGCAGCGGGUGGCCAUCGCCCGGGCGCUCAUCAAGAACCCCACGGUGCUGAUUCUGGAUGAGGCCACGAGUGCCCUGGAUGCAGAAUCGGAGCACGUGGUCCAGGAAGCCUUGGAUCGGGCGGUGGCCGGCCGCACUGUGCUGGUCAUCGCGCAUCGGCUCAGCACCGUGCAAGCGGCUGACCUCAUCGUGGUGCUGGCGAAGGGGCGUGUGGCAGAGGCCGGCAGCCACGCCGAGUUGCUCCGCCGGGGCGGCCUCUACGCCGAGCUGAUCUGCCGCCAGACGAGGGACGCCGCGGCCGCCUGAGCCUGGAGCCCCGCCCGCCCCCUCCAAUAAACCACGCCUC